AUGGCAACCACUCUCCCAACUAAAAGCAAAAUGAAGCCAAUGAUAGACGGUACUAUUAUACCAAGAUUCAAAAACCUUCGAGUACUUGGACACUAUCCUUGGGAUGACUCUACUUUAAAUGAAGAUAUUGAAAAAAGAAUCCUCCAAUUUCAACUCUCACUCAAAUAUAUUCCACUGAAAAGAAUGGAGAUAACAAACAUUAAGAAAGUAAUUUUUGCCAAAUGCACUAGCUUAUUUACACACAUUUUACGAACAAAUUACAUUCCUGAAUCACUUGUUGAUAGAAUUAACAUUGAAGUAAGAAAAGCAAUAAGAAAGAAAAUUUUCAUGCAUAAUGCUAGUCCAACAAACUAUUUUCACCUCCCAAUCACCUAUGGCGGACUUGGUAUUCCAAGAUUCGAUAUCUUUGCAGAUGAAAUUCGAAUCAAAACAGCCCUGUAUCUUAUUAACAAUGAUAAUGAACUUCUUAGAGAAGUAUAUUCAGAAGGAAUCAAACACGAAAAUUCGAUUUUUAAGGAAAUGAACAGAUCAAUGAAGAAAUACAAGAUCAGACCUCAACAAUUUAACAAUGACGAAAUCUUUCCAAAACUCAAAGGAAAGAAUUUUACUAUUUACACUGACGGAUCAAAUCUCAACAACUCAACAGGUUUCGGCUUUACCGCCAAAGUUAACAAUUCCCAAGAAACCCAAGAUUUCUCAUACAAAAUUAACAGCGAAUACUCACAUAACGUUGCUGAAUUAUCAGCAAUACUCACAUCACUAAAGAUACUUCCACCUAAAUCUAAGGCAAAAAUUCACACAGAUAGUGAAAUAUCCAUCCACGUUUUGAAAAACAAAGCCUAUAACGGAAUUUUUAACUGCUUCAAGCAUGAAUAUCAACAGGUCAUUCAACAAUCCAAUCUAAAUAUUCAACUAAUCAAAGUUAAAGGUCAUGUCAACAAAGGAAACAUCAAAGCUGACGAAUUAGCUAAGAAAGGAGCUCAAGAGCACAACUAUUUUGACAUUAAGAAGCUAUUUUCGAACCAAACCAUCCUUGCCACAUCUAAUACCAUUAUUUUCGACAUCAAAAAAUCCAUACAAAAGAAAAAGAUAUGA